AUGCGAUCACGUCCGGUGCCGAUAUCCUAUGCUCAAAUUCUUACGGUAAAGCGCAUUUCAGGUUUAUGUCGAUGUGUGCAUGUCAUGCUGUGCGAUAGCUCCUUAAAUUCAAGAGCUGGCAGAUUAAAAAAAACUGAUAGAUUUGAAACAACAUACAAAUUGAACUAUAAAAGGAAAUUAAAAAUGUUUAUUAUGAAAAGUUCGGGUAUCUUGAGGAUGGUGUCAAGAGCAAUUCUUUUGGUCUCGUUGGUGUGCUUUUACAGGCAGCAGAAGGACGAUGUGCUGAUGCCGAUUGCGCUAGAGGGGAGACGAGGAAGUGCUCUGAACGAGGAUAGUACGCCGGGAACAGUAAAUGGCGUUGGCAAGCUGCAGAGAGGAAUAAUCGGCAGUUUGAGGGGAUGUGCGAAUGAUGAUAGGAUAAAAGCAGCGCUGCGCGGCAUUAGGUGGUUUGAUGAGCUGGCAAAGAGUGGCAUAACCAAAUGCAUGGAGGAUAGGAGGAUCAAAGCAUUCAUACACGUAUUUGGAUGGUUAGACAAGUUGAUGAGCAAAGGAAUGGACAGGUGCACGAAUAAUAGUGGCGUACAGGCGGUCAAGCGCGGCAUUAAGCGUUCGUUGACUUGGGCGGUGAAGGGCAUGGCUAAGUGUUUGGAGAGUAACAAAGUGCAAGCGGCCUGGCACGGUGUUACAAGGUCGAAGGAAUGGAUAACCAACAAAACUGCUGGUUUUGUUACAAUUGACGUGCCAUCGAUGGUUACGUGUAGUUUUAACAAGUCGCGGCAUAGGAUUGUGGCAUGGACCACGAGGUACGGUAACGCGGCGAAGAUGAAAAAUAUCGUUGUUUUCUCCCUAGCAUGGAGCAAAACGGCAUGCAAAAAUGUGUACAAGUGGUUUAACAUGGGCAAUUUCUGGAACAUCAUUCUCAGAAUCAAAGAUUGGCAAACAAAACUGACAAGCCGCCUCAUUUACCGUGCAAAAAAAGUUGAAAUGAGCGCUGUACAACAGAACGCUAAGAAUUGGCUGGCGAAUACGGCAUACGUGGUGUGUGGGUAUGUGAACUGGGGAAUUCUUCGAGGACCGAUCGAGAGCAUAAGGCGCGCACAUGUAGUGGUUGCCGAUAAAAUUGCUGUUGGCGUAGAGAGGAGUGGGAUAAAAGAAAUAGCGGUUAAGAUAGUGAAACUUGGGGAGGGAAGAGCUUGCACCGGGAUGGUUGAAAUGCUACGAGCGCUGGAGAAGAGGGCAUCCGUAGAUUGGAUACGGCACAGAAUUCUGGGAAUGCGCAUCUCUUACGUCAAAAAGGAAAUUAAAUUUAAACAAACACGAGGAAUGAGAACAGCGAUUGAUGAAGAACUAAAGCAAGAGAUGGACGGUUUCUUGAAGGGCAAUUGGAACGCGAGCGUGCAUACCGACGAAAAUGGUGUUGCUAUGAGGGAUGGCGGGGAAGUGCUCGAUCGUGGGAUCAACGAUUGGAUAAAGAAGCACGUGCAUACACCUAUUUCAAUAAGACAUAGGGUCUACGGGGCAUUUGGCUUGAUGGGAAAGAGAGCAUCCAUAUGGUGGCGUUGGGUUGGGCAAAGAUUGGCAAAGAACCUGGGCAGAAUUAUGAGACAUGCACGAAAUAGCCAAAAAAAGGUACCACAAGGAAGGAAAACGGAUGGAAACGGCUGUGCAAUAAGCAAAAGUGCGCAAAACAGAGAAAUAAGGGAAGAACUUGGAAGGGGCACAUGGCGACUACUUCAUACGAUGGCCUCGAAGUUUCCGGUUGAUCCCAGCGAACAGGACAAAAAGAACGUUAUUCAGUUUCUUUCGUUGCUGGCCAAGCUAUUCCCGUGUGAGGAGUGCAGCAUGCACUUUCAAAAACUACUGAAUGACCAUGUGCCUGUGGUUAGCUCGAGAAAGGAAUUCGAGCUUUGGUUGUGCAGCGCACACAACGUCGUUAACAAACGUUUGGGAAAGCCUAUUUUUGAUUGUGAAGGGAUAAGCGAUGUUUGGGGCUGUGGGUGUGAAAUAUAGGAGUGGCAGCAGUCUUGGGUAGGUGAAAACUGUUGUGGGUGUGUAAAGGCAUUGUGGGUGAUUUGGGUCUGUUUCAGAACAGCGAAUAGUAGGGAUGUGUGCGAGCCGUGAAUCAUUCAACGACGAUCUUGCUGGGGGAACGGAUUAUGUAUCGAAUGGGAACGCGAUACAUGAUGAGUAGCAGAUUCGUGGGAUGAGAGUGCAGUUCAAUAUGUGAAGUAUAGACAAGUAA